AUGAGUUCCUCUAGAGCACCAGCACCAAGAGUUGUUUUCGUUCGUCACGGCCAGACAGAAUGGUCGAAAUCGGGCCAGUAUACUUCUGUCACAGAUCUUAGUUUGACGGAAUUUGGUGUAGAGCAAAUGAAAACUACGGCGAAUUAUCUCGUAGGUAAUAAACCUUUGCACCCCGUUAAACCUAGCCAUUUGACUACAGUUUUCAUCUCACCAAGAACGAGAGCAAAGCAGACCGCAAAUUUACUUUUGGAGAAUGUUGAUGCUUCCGAUAAGAAACAUAUCAAAAUUAUCGAGUCAAAUGACAUCCGUGAAUGGGAGUACGGUGAUUAUGAGGGCAUGGUGACUGCAGAUAUUAGAAAGUCAAGGAUUGAUAGAGGAAUUGAUCCUCCAGGAAAACAGUGGAGCAUUUGGACCGAUGGCUGUGAAAACGGUGAAACACAUGUCGAAGUUCAAGAGAGAGUUGAUCGUCUUAUUGAAAAGAUUCGUCUGAUACAUAGAGAAGCUUUUGAAAACAAUACAGCUUGCGAUAUUAUGUUGGUUGCACACGGGCAUAUCCUUAAAUGCUUUGCUGCACGGUGGGUUGGACGUCAAAUCAAUACCAAUCCUCAGUUUAUUUUAGAUGCUGGUGGAGUAGGUGUACUCAGUUAUGAACAUUACAACAUAGAAGAGCCUGCUUUAUAUCUCGGAAGUGCACUUUAG